CAUCCCCAGCAGAAGCCAGGCACUCACCCCAGACUCUUCCAUGGGUCUAAGGAGUUAACAAGGAGUUCCUGCCUCUUGCCGCCAUGGGCCUUGUUCGACGGAUAAGCGACAUGGUUCCCGCCCGCGUUGCGCUGGCGAUGAUCAGCGCUUUGGGAGCCACCAUGAUCUACAUGAUAAGAAUCAACCUCUCUGUGGCGAUCGUCGAUAUGGUGGUCACUGUAUCUGCAACGGACGCUUCGAGCCGAGCCAACACUGUCCCGCACUGCCUUGAAGCUCAGGGAGGUGAUAUGAACCAGACAGGAAGCGUCCAUUUAAAUUCCAAGAAUCUUCUAUCUCUUAAUAAUAUGACUUCUACCAAGCUAAAUUUUUCUGACGAACAGUUUGCGGACAAGCUCUUCCUGACCAGCGGACAGAGGGGGUCUGUGUUGGCUGCCUUCUUCUAUGGAUAUUUUCUGACAGGGAUCGUGGGAGGACGCCUCGCCGAAACCUACGGAUCCAAGGUCGUCCUCGGGACCUCGGCCUUCAUCGGGAGCCUCCUGACCCUGCUGACCCCCGUGGCCGCUCGCACCCACUACAUAGCGCUCAUUGUCCUCAGGGUUGCCAUGGGGUUGGCGCAGGGUGUCUCGUACCCGUCCAUGCAUGCAAUGGUUGCAAGAUGGGUCCCGCCAUCCGAGAGACCAAGAUUCACUGCCUUUGUUUACAUGUCCAGCUGCAUCGGCAUCAUAGUAACGAUGCCCAUGUGCGGUUUCAUCAUCGACUCCGUGGGCUGGCCGGCCGUAUUCUACGUCAGCGGCUGCAUCUCCCUCCUGUGGGUGUUCCUGUGGGCGGGGCUCAUGCACGAGAGUCCCCUGGUACACCCGAGGAUAUCGGCCGAGGAGCGAGAGUACAUCCUGGACGGCAUCAAGGCGGGGGUUUCUGGAAAGAAGCCGACCCACGUGCCCUGGAAACAGAUGCUCUCCAGCCCCGCCUUCUGGGCCACGAUCGUAGGACACGCGGGGAGCAUGUACGGCUGGAACCUCCUGGUGACGCAGCUGCCCACCUUCAUGAACAGUGUGCUCGGCUUCUCCAUCAAGAGCAACGGCUUGCUCUCCUCCCUGCCGUUCCUGACGCGCUACCUCGGUGGGAACGGCCUCAGCUGGCUCGGAGACCUGCUGGUGGCCCGGGAGUGGCUGCAGAAGAGGAAUUCUCGCAGGCUCUUCACUUCUAUAGGCCUAUGUGUCCCCGCCGUGAUGCUGGCCAUCGUGGGAUACGUGGGUUGCAACAGCGCGGCCGCCAUCACCAUCCUGUGUAUCGGAACCUUCUCGAAUGGUGCGACUGUGUCCGGAUACGUGGCUAACCAGCACGAUAUUGCCCCCAACUUCGCCGGUACUAUGUUGGGUAUUAGCAACAUGUUCGCCUUCGGAGGGGCUAUGUUGGCUCCCAUUAUCGUGGGCGUUAUGACACCUGAUCAGACUCCCGGCCAGUGGCAGUCGGCGUUCUGGGUAGCCACCGUCAUCUACGUCGUCGCUGCCACUUUCUUCUUCUUCGCCUGCUCCGCCGAGUUGCAGCCGUGGAACUUCGUCGGUUCUGGAGACGCGGAGGGAGCCAAGGAGCGAGAGGAGGGCAUGACCUUCCUGCAGGAGAGGCUGAAGGUGCAGGUGGUGGCCAAGAAGGAUCAGAAUACGCGUUGUUAGGAAUCCGGAAGAGGAUAGGCCUAUAUAUUUUUUUCUUUUGUUAGAUGGGGGUUCAUAUCCUUUUUCUUUUUUCUAAACUGUUUUUCUUUCCAUUUAUAUUUGGUUGAAUACAGUGGAUGUUUGUAAUCUAUAG